ACUCCUCUACAGCCGCAGGCAAAUUAUGAAUUCCUCGACUCCGCCCCUUCCUCUUCUCCCUCUUUCUUCUCCCUAAUAAAAAGGUUUGUCCCAUUUUUUUUUUCCUUUUGUUUUUCCGAAGAAUUUCUUAGCUGACAACAACAGUCCUUGUAUGCUAAUAAAGUCUCUUCGGAGGGUUGAAAAAUAAAAGGGGGGAAAAAGGGAAAAAGAGAAAUUAGAGAAAAUUAAAAGAGAAAUAGUGAGGGAUGAAGACGAGGUCAAAAUCAAGAGAGUCCAAGGCAAGCGACAACUCCAGUGCUCUCGCUAUCAUCAGCGGCAACAGCAACAAGCAGCCGAAGAAGCCCAGGCCCAGGAAGAGACCCACUGCUGCUGAUGACCCGAAGAAACCCAAGAAGCCUCCCACUGCUUUCUUCUACUAUAUGGAAGAUUUCAGGAAGAUAUAUCAAGCAGAACAUCCAGAGGUGAAAUCAAUGCGUGAGAUUGGGAAGGCAUGUGGUGACAAGUGGAAAAUCAUGAAUUUCGAGGAAAAGGUCCAGUACUAUGAUAUAGCUACAGAGAAAAGAGCAGGAUAUGAGAAGGCCCUGGCAGCCUACAAUAAGAGAAAGGAAUCUGGGGAGCUAACAGAGGAAUCUGAUGACGAGUACAAGUAAUUUGGAUAGAUGAAGAGAUGCUAACGAGAAAUUAAACAAUGUGAUUUGAAGGAACUCUCAUGUAUAUUAGAACCCUGACAAUUUUCUCUCCUAAUGAAUGACCGAUGAUUGUUAUUUAUCUUGUUACAAUGGCUUGUUUUAUUGAGACCAUCACCUCAACUUGGAGUUUGGUAAUGUUAUUGGAGAACAUUGAUCUUUCCUUA